AAAAAAAAAAGUCGGGCAGUCACUGCGCGAGGAGCAACACGUCUCCAGUGCACGAGAGAGUUUUCCGUGAAGUUCGUGUUCCGGACGAUUUCAUAAAAUAAAUAAAUAAAUAAAAUAAUGUGUUAGUUUAAAUCUUAACUUUGCGCAGACAUUCGCCAGAGAGACGUUUUAGCACAAGUUUAGGCGUUUGACCUGGGACAAUGGAGACUAGUGGGAGCUCGGUUGCCUUCAUGACAUUGCUGCUGUCCUCCUGCCUGGUCUCAGUGUCUGGACAGUACCAAGGAGAUCAUGGGAUCGCCGUUCCCGAUCACGGAUUCUGUCAACCGAUCACGAUUCCUCUCUGCACAGACAUUGCGUACAAUCAAACCAUCAUGCCGAACUUGGUCGGACAUUACAACCAAGAUGAUGCCGGAUUAGAGGUCCACCAGUUUUAUCCACUCGUCAAGGUACAGUGUUCUCCGGAGCUCAAGUUUUUCCUCUGUUCCAUGUAUGCGCCUGUGUGCACCGUUUUGGAGAAAGCCAUUCCACCUUGUCGGUCUAUAUGUGAAAGAGCUAAGCAUGGCUGCGAGGCGCUCAUGAACAAGUUCGGAUUUCAGUGGCCGGAGCGCCUGAGGUGUGAGAACUUCCCUGUGUUGGGAGACGGUCAAAUAUGUGUUGGGCAGAAUGAAUCGGCAGCCACCGUGGCACCCGUGCACGCGCCCGCACCAGGCACUCCUGGGGUCCAUUUAUAUUCCACGCCAGAUAGGCCAUUCCGCUGCCCGCCGACCCUCAAGGUCCCAUCCUACCUUAACUACAAGUUCCUCGGAGAGGUGGACUGCGGCGCUCCGUGCGAGUCAUCCAGGACUCAUGGAGCCUACAUGUUCUUCACCGACCAGGAGAUUGAAUUUGCACGUGUCUGGAUUCUAGUCUGGUCGUGCCUGUGCUGUGCAUCCACACUGUUUACGGUGACUACAUAUCUAGUGGACAUGCAGCGUUUUAAGUAUCCUGAGCGCCCCAUCAUUUUCCUGUCCGGCUGCUACACCAUGGUGUCCAUCGCGUACAUUACUGGCUAUUUCCUUGGAGACAAAGUGGCAUGCAACGGGAGCUUCGAAGGCAGCUAUAAAACGAUAGUCCAAGGCACAAAACGGGAGGGCUGCACCAUCCUCUUUAUGAUGCUCUACUUCUUCAGCAUGGCAUCCUCCAUAUGGUGGGUUGUGCUGUCCUUGACCUGGUUCCUCGCUGCAGGGAUGAAGUGGGGACAUGAGGCCAUUGAGGCCAACUCGCAGUACUUCCACCUGGCCGCUUGGGCCGUGCCGGCGGUGAAGACCAUCAGCAUCCUGGCCAUGGGGCAGAUCGAUGGUGAUGUUCUGAGCGGUGUUUGCUUCGUAGGCCUGAGCAACAUCGACCCCUUGCGUGGCUUCGUCCUGGCACCAUUGUUCAUUUACCUCUUCAUCGGCACGUCCUUCCUGCUGGCGGGAUUCGUCUCUCUGUUUCGCAUCCGUACCAUCAUGAAGCACGAUGGAACCAAGACGGAAAAGCUGGAGCGUCUUAUGGUGCGCAUCGGCGUCUUCUCCGUGCUCUACACGGUACCGGCCACCAUCGUCAUCGCUUGCUUCUUCUACGAGCAGGCUUUCCGUGGACACUGGGAACGCAGCUGGAUCAGCACACACUGCAAGACCCUGGCUAUCCCGUGUCCCAUGCAGCCAGCGCCACGCAUGAGCCCAGACUUCACCGUCUACAUGAUCAAAUACCUCAUGACCCUCAUCGUGGGCAUCACCUCUGGCUUCUGGAUCUGGUCCGGAAAAACACUGCACUCGUGGAGGAAGUUCUACACACGCCUGACCACCGGACAGCAUGGCGAGACCACAGUGUAGAAAACUCUGGAACCUUCCACAUAUACUCAUAAGGACACAGCGAGGAAAUGCUACUUUCUUGUUUGUUUUUUUAUUUCGGAGACAUUAAUGACUGAAUGCUUUUUUUAUUCACCAAGACACAUUGUGGAACUCAGUGCUUGUGUUAGUCAUCAGUAUUGGUCGUUACUGACGUUUGAUUAUUGACAUUGAGUAACGUAUGUCAUUUAUAAGACGUUUGGCAAAUGAGGAAAAUAGAAGUGUUGUUUUUUUAAUUGCUGUUUGUUUGUUUUGUUUUGUUUUGUUGUUUUGUGCCUGCACAUGGACAAGCUAAAAGAAAAACCAAAUGAGAACGUUCUCAAGGAUUUCCAAAAAAAAGAAAAAAAGUGGUCAUUUCCGUGCCACGUGCCGAGACACUCCCUCAGACGUUCGUCCUUGCUCUUCCUCCUCAACUCCUACACCAAGUUCAAAAUGCCAGCUGGGAAUCCUACAAGCGGUAGACAGAGGAAGGUGAGCCACGAAGGAGGAGGAGGAGGAAGAGGAGCAGGAGAACGCCUGCUUCUUUUUGGACUUCUUUUGGAAUUCUUUCCUACAGCAAACUGUGUUUAAGAUGUGCCUGAAAGCACUGUAAAUAACAUUUGUACAAAAUAUAUAUAUAUUAUAUAUAUAUAUAUAUAUAUAUAUGAAUAUAAUUAUAUAUUUGUAUUUAAAACGUG